UUAAAGGAAGAAGCUGCAUCUUUUCCUCAAGUUGUCUCUGGAUGCUCCACUUCGAUGAAGAGUCGAGCUGUCCCAGUCCAGAGGCCUGUUUGGACGCCUUGAAAGCGACCGAAGCGGGACUGCCGGACAGAGAGAUCCGACGCUCAAGAUGAGAUUUUCGUUGUUAAUUUCUGUGCUGCGGUCGCUCGGCCCGGUGGUGAUCGGUAUUUCUUUAGGCUUCACGCUGAGUUUACUGAGCGUGAGCUGGUCGGAAGACGCGUGUUCUCCGGACAGUAAGGAAGGGGAGGCUGUGUCUUUAGGUAAGGAUGGACUGCUCAAAGGAGCCCGAAAGCCCAACUCUAUUUCUGCUGUCAACGAUGUGACGUCCGAAGAGGAUUUUCAACCAAGAAUAGUCCCGUACAAACAGAUCCAGCCGAGCGCCCCAAAGAAAGUUUUCAGGGCCAAGUACAUCAGCACGGAGUUGGGGAUGCGGGAGCGUCUGUUCGUCGGGGUCAUGACCUCCAAAAACACCAUUAACACCUUAGGUGUAGCUGUGAAUCGAACCAUCAGCCAUCAUCUGGACGCUGUGAUCUUCUUUACUGGUUCGCGCAGCCGCAAAAUCCCUCACGGCAUGUUUGUGGUUUCUCAUGGAGACGAGAGGCUGAUAUGGAACAUGUUCCAGACCAUCAAAUACAUUUUCGACCAUUACAUCAAUGAAUACGACUGGUUCUACUUUGUCCAAGAUGACGCCUACACUGAAGCCGGCCGGAUCAAAGCACUGGUGGAGCACUUGAGUAUGGAUCGAGAACUUUACAUGGGCAGGCCUGAGGAGUUCAUAGGUGGGGCGAUGGAAGGGAGGUACUGCUAUGGAGGGUUUGGGUACCUGCUGUCACGUAGCUUGCUGCUACGACUCCAGCCCUUCCUGGAAAAUUGUAGGAACGACAUCCUGAGCGCCCGGCCUGAUGAGUGGCUUGGACGAUGCAUCAUUGAUUACACCAGCAUAAACUGCGUUGGCGAAUAUGAGGGACUUCACUACCACCAUUAUGAGUUGGCAAAAAACUCUGAUCCAAGCAAAGAACAGAGUGAAGAGUUUAAGAAAGCCCUGACCGUCCAUCCAGUGUCUGACCCGGAGCAGAUGUACCGCCUGCACAGAUUCUUCACUGAGAUUGAACUCCAGAAGACUUAUGAUGAGAUUGCUAAGCUGCAGGCAGAAAUAAAGAAUGUGAGUGUUGUUGCUUUUGAGGGGAAUCGAAGCGCCCAGUGGCCAGUGGGGAUCAAUCCUCCUUUUGAACCAAAGUCUCGGUUUGAAGUUCUGAAAUGGGAAUACUUCACAGAGGAGGAGAUUUAUUCGUGCAUUGAUGGCUCACCCAAGUGCGAGUUGCGCGGCAUUGACCGCAUGGACGUGGCGGAUGUCAUUGACACCGCCAUAGGAGAGCUGAACAAGAAGUACAUGCCCAUUAUACACUUAAAGAAGCAGCAACUGAUUAAUGGCUACAGACGCUUUGACCCCAUUAGGGGGAUGGAGUACACCUUAGACCUUCAGCUGGAGGCUGUUAAUCAGAAAGGUCACAGCCGCUCCAUCACAAAGAGGGUUCAUCUGGUGCGACCUUUGAGCCAGAUAGAGAUCAUUCCCAUGCCAUAUGUCACUGAAGCUACAAGGGUCCACAUUAUUAUACCGCUUACUCUGCAGGACCGGAGCUACGUCGAUCACUUUCUUGAAGUCUUUGCCUCGAAUGCCUUUGAGACCAGCGAAAAUGCAAUCCUAACCUUCUUGUUUAUUUAUGACCCAGUGGAGGCCCAACAAGUUAGCCAGAAUGAUAUAUUUGCCAGCGUGAAGUCUCAGAUAACCGUUUAUGAACGCAAAUACCCUGCAGUUAAAAUCCCGUGGAUCAGUGUUAAGACGGAAACGCCAUCCCAGAUCAAAUUCAUGGACAUCAUCUCAAAGAAGCACCCCGUCGACACGCUCUUCUUCCUGGCUGAAGUCAACACAAACAUCAAUUCGGAGUUUCUGAAUCGCUGUCGCAUGAAUGCCAUUAACAAUUGGCAAGUAUUCUUCCCCAUUCAUUUUCAGGAGUACAACCCCGACGUGGCUUAUCACAACCAGCCACAUCCAGACACACUUGAUCUGGUCAAGGACGCGGGCCUUUUUGACCGCAGGUCGUUUGAUGAAACGUGCUUCUACAACUCGGACUACAUGACGACGCGCAGUCGGAUGGUGGCGGACGUCCAAGAAAACGAGGAGAUUCUAGAGAACAUGGAUAUCUACGAAAUGUUCGUAAAGUAUUCAGGUCUGCACGUAUUCAGGGCAAUAGAGCCAGCGUUACGCCAGCAAUACCUUUAUGAAGUCUGCAACCCAAGACUCAGUGAGGACAUCUAUCACAGAUGUGUUCAGAGCAACUUGGAGAGCAUCGGUUCUCGCUCCCAACUUGCCAUGCUGCUUUUUGAGCAAGAGCACGGAAACAGCACUUAAAAAUAGCAGUGAAACCUGUGCUCCUGCACGUUCGCUAAAAAAGUCUCGAGGCUUGAAUUUAGGGUGAAGAGGGCAACCGUUGUGCCACCACCCAUCGCUUAAACUUUUUACCAAGUACAACUCCUGCUUAGGGGUGUAGGUGACUUUUAGUCACCAAGUCAGGUAACACAAGUGAUUGUCUCUGUCUUCCUGUGUGCAUUAAGGGCAGUUUGGAUAUAUAUAAGUGCAGUACACUCCCAAUAAAACCUUUUCACAUAGUUUUAAUGAUUGCGUCAAGCAGGCUUUGACCACUAGAGGGCAGAAACUUUGCAGUAUUGACUUGAUUGUUAUGAUUCAGACGUCCAAUGCAUUCAGUGGGAUUUAUAACCUUGAUUUUGGUUCGCAACACUUGGAUGUAAUGCUUGUGCUUUUGACUAUUUUGAAUACAACAGGCAUGAUUGAGCUGAUGUACUGGCUGCAGCUGCUCAACUAAACGAACCAAAACAAGUUGCAAAAACUUUUAGUAUGUUGUUGCUUUUUCAGUGGGAAUGUCCUUUAAUUUAAUGUCGAUAUCAAAGGUAUUUUAAAGCGGAGCUG